AUGGUCUCACGGGGCUCUGCGUUCCCACCAGCGCGCAAACAACCAGGCAGAAGACUACGCCGGGCUUGGAUGGGCCUCUCUCUGGCCGGAUCGCAGCGGCACAAGCAGGCGUCGUCCGUCCGCUCCGCUCCGCUCACGGGGCAGCUCCGCUUCUCCUCCUCCUCCUCGCCGCUGCCCUUCCGACGGCGGGGGCGGGGCUUCGGCGGGAGGGGCGUGGUCUCAACGGGAGGGGUGGAGCCUCGCGCAGCCCCGGGGACCCCGCUCGGCGGGCGAGGCAGCUUCUCCAGCGCGGAGCGAGAGGAGAAGGUACCUCGGGGAGAGGAUGCUCCGCUAACCCCGCUACCCCUCGCCCCUUCCCGCUCCGGGGGCGCCGCUCCUUCCCAGGCGCCUCACCAAACUUCGGCACCUUCUCAACGGCCUUCCCCCCCCUUUCUCUCUCUCCCCUUUUCUCUCUCUGCCCCCAUCCCGCCCCUCGGACUCUAGGAAGGGACCCCAACAAGGCGGCUCAGGGAAGGCGAGAGACGGGCAGCCCUCCGCCCCGCGCGCGCCUCGCUCCGGGUAAGUCCUGAGGGGACGAAGUUUGCGCCCUCGGUCUCCUCAGCUGGCUUCUUUUAUUUCGUUAAAAAAGGGGGGAGGGUUGCCAAUUGACUCAAAAGCCCAGACAAAGCGAAAGACACCCCUCCCCGCGCUGAGGGAAGAAGACGCUCCCCAACUCCCCCCUCCCCCCGGUUUUAAUUUGGUUUAAACCGCUGCUUCUCUUCCCCCCCGCGCGCGUUCCAUGUGUGCGAGGGAAGAAAUAGCCGGAGCGAAGGAACAAAUGACAUCUGUGUAGCUGCCUCUCUCUCUCUCUCCCGCCCUCGCUGCCUCGCCCGCCUUUCGGGGGGGGGGGUUGGGGGUGGUUGGCGUCCAGCUGUUGGCCAUUAGCGAGAGCCGCCCUCGCUGGGCUGGCAGGCAGAACUCGGCUUCUCCAAGUUGUUUUUCCGCGCCUCGCCGCCUCUCUCGGCCGCCCACCCCACCCAACUCCUCGCUUGGGGACCUCCGGGGAUGGCAGCUUGGCAUCGGCGCGCGCUCUCUGCCCGCAAGAAUCGGUGGGGCAGCAGGGACAAACAGACGGGAGUGGCGGGGUUUGGCACCCGGAGGAGGGAGGGAGAAAGGAGGGGAAAGGCCCGCGGUCAAAUCUCUGGCCAAGAUCUGGAGGAAUGGGAGGGGGGUGUCGGUUGGGCUCCCCGGAAAAUAGCCAGCGGGGCGGACGGGGGUGGGCUGGUGCAGAGAGAGAAGCAUAAUUGAGAACAUCUGGAUAGCCAUCCUGCAGGAAACCAGAGCAGGCUGGGUAGCUCCAUAUCCCACCUCCAGCAGCCUUGGGAGAGAAGGGCAUUCAGCGUCUUUCAAGCAAGUCCGGCUGCCUCCUUGGGGCCCCUGGGCUUGCUGAGCAACAGGAGGCUUGGACCAGGACCUUUAUCAAAAGACCUCUCCAAUUUUUGAGCACUCUCUCCAUCUGUCCACAGAGAGUCUUGCAGGCUGGGUGUGAACCCUUUCCAACUUGAGCGGGCACUCAGUCAAGCUAAGACGCACCAGGUGAGCCCUGUUUCUGGACUUGCGCUGAAAUAGCAAACUGCUGGUGGCCUUGAUGGGCUGAGAUUGUGUAGGUUGAGGUGCGACAGACCUGAGGCCCUCCAGGUGUUGCUGGACCCCAGCUCCCAUAAUCAUUCCCCCAGCCAGCAUGGCUAGUGGCCAGGAAUGGUGAGAACUGGAGUCCAGGAAGAUGCAGCCGGGACCAGAAUUUUCAUCUCGGUUGCAGAGGGGACUUUGGUAUACAGUGGUACCUUGGGUUAAGUGCUUAAUUCGUUCCAGAGGUCCAUUCUUAACCUGAAAUUGUUCUUAACCUGAGGACCACUGUAGCUAAUAGGGCCUCGUGCUGCCGCCACGCCGCCAGAGCACGAUUUGAGGUACUAUUUGUGGGUUAGUGGAGUCUGUAACCUGAAGCGUAUGUAACCUGAAGCAUACGUAACCCGAGGUACCACUGUAUUGCAGAGAUCCUAUGGCAGAGUGAGGGAUGCAGUGUGUCUAAAGCAACACUGAAGGAUGCCUAACACCCUCGUAAUGCUUCUGUUAGUGUAGAGGCCAGGAAACCCAGAGUCUGUGGGUCUGUGUAAGAGAGUGGUUUUUCUCCUGCUGCAAUGUUGUCUCCAGUUGUAGUCCUUAUUUUGUACCCAAUGGAGUGGGUGGUAGUUGCUCACCAACAAAAGCAAAAAUAAAGGGGUGCAUUUCGGGAAACUUUUUUUUUCGGGGGGGGGUGUUGCUAAACUUUCCUGCUGUCCUAGUGAACAGAGAGCGGCGUUUGGUCAUCUUUCAGCUGUUUGCAAUAUUCCAGAUCGAGACAACGUAAAAUGUCUGUGGGCAGCCUUGAGUCUCCUGGCCCAGCCCCUCCUUGGGCUGUUUCUUGGUCACACUAGUGGUUGCCAGAACAUUGAGAGAGUUGGGAUGGAAUGCUAGGAGCUGGCUCCUGGGUCGAGAUCCUGCUACAGAACCCUCUCCCACCUACUUUUGCACAGUUCUGUGAACCCAAUGUGGCAGAAGCUGCUUCAGCAUGCACUGCCAUUGUUCUAUCGCAACCUUAUCCUCUGGGUAGCUUUGGAGGCCCUGUUGCAGAAGGAAGCUGUUUAGAGUAAUGCAGACCUGAAAAUGCUCCCCAGUGGAGUUUCAUGGUGUAAAGCUAACAGACAUGUAAAGCAAGUCUCCCCAGGAUACAAUCAAGUGUUCACUUGGAGAGAAGCUUAGUGCUGGCUGAAACUAAUUUUUAGGGGGUGUAAGGGAAAUGCCUCACACAGGCCUUGUUGUAGAAUAGCCCCCCAAAACACUACAUUCCUCUUAUGCAAAGAGGGGUCUCUUCUUGACUGUAGUGUUGCAGUGAAAUAUUAUUGGUUCAGAAUGUGCCUCUGCUCUGCUCCGCAGGCAGGGAAAGCAAGGCAGGAGGCAAAGAAGACAGACUGACAUAGGAUAUGGGGCUGGGCCAAGCUUCAGGGGGAGCGGGAGAACCAGAGGGUGGGAGCGUGCAGAUGCGUCACCCUUACAGAACACCCAGAUGCUUUGCAAGGGCUGUAGUUUAUUGCUCUCGCUUGCUGUUAUCAAACCAUGGAAGCUUGUCCUUUGCAAGUCUCUUGCAAAUUGUUUGUUCAAGUGCUAAAAUGCCUCCUCGUUGAUGUUGAUGUUUCUUGCCACUGUGAACCUUGCACAUGCUCCCAAAUUAAGAGUUAAGAGUUACCACGACGAGUUGGAUUUGGAAGAGUAUUUCUGUUUCUAUUCAUUGUUUCUGUCCCUUUGCUUGUCUCCGGACACUGUAGGCUUGUAUUGUGUUCAUAGGAAGGAGAAAGAGGUAAUAGUUGUUGGUCGUGAGUAUUGCCUUAUUAUCCCAAGAACAAAUGAGAAAGAGAGGGAGAGAGAUGCAUAUAACCUUCUGGCAUGUGGGCCAAAUUAAGUCUGCCAGUGGUCCCAAUUUGGCUUGCACUGUCAUCCGCCCCGCUACACCCACCUGGCAUCAUAUGACAGUCAGGUGGGGCAGGAGUACACUCUCAGGAGUUCUUCUGCAAGUGGACAGGCCUUGCAUUUAUUUGACACUUUUCACAUUUGGCACCAAACACAAGCCCCCUCAUUGAGAAUGCUCCGCCAGGCGAUCACAGUCAGAGGGCUAGCAUUUGAUGCAGAAUGCAAGCUGGGGCUGCAAAGGAGGAAGAGAGGAAUUCAGAGUGUGCUCUCAGAACUUCCUUUAAAGUUGGAUCAUGUUAGGCUGCCUGUCAAAGUGGCCCAUGGAGGAUGGGCCAGUUCUCGAUCCAAUGUGUCAGCCGGAUGCAGUUCCCCACCUUGGCUCUAACGCUGCUGCUGCUGUAGAUUUUCAGGAAUCAAUGGGCAAGAAGUAUGAGAAUAGCAAGUCUGGAUUUGUGAGUGUCCUAGAGCCCCCCACCCCACCCUCGGGAGCAGUAAGACCUGCCAGCACCUUGCUUGGUAUUUGUGGCAGGGCGGAUAAGUCUCUUUUCUCAGUCCCAGGACUUAGUGUGUGAUGCAAAAAGAGUGGACAGGAAGGGACAUUUUUCACUGACACAACUGGGAUUCUGGAGCAGGACUCCCAGUUUGCAGAAUGCCUGGAAUUGAAGGUUCUGAUCUCUAGAAAAAAGGUGAAGCAAUUGAAUGUGUGUGUGUCCUUUGAAGCAUGCUUUUGGGCUGCGUUGGCGCAGAUAUCUUUGUGAUGCCUGGUGUGAUUCUCAUUAACUACUUUCCACUCCUGACUCAGCCAUAGACUUGCUCUGUGGCUUAAGAGCACCUUUCCUCCCUCCCAGCUUCUGAGAAGGGAAUAAGCAUGGCUGGCUGGCUGCCCUCUGGGCAGCUGUGGGGGUGGACGAUUGGCGUACGGAAGUGCCUUGCUUAAAGAUGGGAGCAGUGCAGGUAGGAUGCACAAUGUGCAGUAAACUGACAGCCUCCAGUUGGUCAACAGCAUCAGUGACUGUUCCUGGCCAGAUAAUCACAGUGCCAUCGCUGGGAAGUCUUCAAGUAGAGGCUGAUGCUCUAGCUCUGAAUUCUCUACAUAUUUGGACAGGAGUUGGACCAGGUGACCCGCAAAGCUUCCCUCCUCCUCCUAUGGUGUUAGCCUGUUAGAUAUUAGUGGUACAGAGAGUUUUGAGGCAGCCCCCUAGUGUCUGGACACACACCUGCAAUAUCCUUUUGGCCCAAUGAUGUGCAUCUUAGUGUGGUUCAGGAAUACAGCUGCCUCUGGCUUGGAUAAUACCUGCCUAGUAGCAUUUUGGAGAAGGAACUGGUCAUGCUGCACUUUCAAGGCUGGAUCCACCUGUCUCCUUCCAGCUGUUGUUGGACUUGAACGCCCAUCAUCCUGGGGUCACUGGCCAUGUUUGCCAAUACAUGGUAGCUGACGUAGCCUCAUGCUGUGUUGUGUCCUCCUGGGGACAUGGUGAUAAAGGUGGUGGCAGUGGGGGCUUUCGUGAGAAAGCAGGUAUGUCUGGAGCAGUAGUUUGUGUCCUGGCCUCACCCUGUUCUUGUGACCUGCAGAUAUCCCCUACUGUGUGAGGAGCAGGAUCACAGCUGGGGGAGCGGGGGGGGGGGGGGGAAUGAGCCGAUUAGAGAGUGAUUAAGAAUUAACUAAUUAAUGGUCUUCGGUGGAUGGCUUGAAUGUCUAAUUGAGCCUGGCUUAUUGGUGGUGACAGGCAGUGGCUGUAGAAAGCCCUUUUGCACCCACAUACGACUGUAAAAUGAAGAGGAGGAGGCUUUUGGUUUUUCAGUGUGUGUGUGUUGUGUGUGCGUCCUGUGUCUUGUCUGACAAAAUGAUGCUGUCUCUCUGAUUCUCAGGGCAUGAGAAUUAGCCACACCAAAUUCUUCAGCGAGAGGAGAAGGGCUCUCAAAAUGUCACUCUGUCCCAGCAUUUGAAAUUUGCCAGGCACCAGGUACAUUUUGAACCUGGCUAUUGGCCACUUGCGACCAAGUUAAUAUGCCCGGGCACCAGGGUGGCACUUGGCAUCUCCACCAUCCGGAGGUGCAUGCCUGGGGAUCCUUGGAUCUUGACUGUUUUUACACACUAGCAACGUAUCCUGUAGCAUUCUAUCUGCUAUAUUUUAUCUGCACAAUCAGAAUGGAUUUCAGGAACCCAAAAGUCGUAUCUGGCCCCAAAAUGGCAACUAGGCAUCCCAUUUUGGCAAAUGUAGCCCUGGUUUAAGGAGCCAUUUGGCGCCUAGCUCAUAUAUCUAAAUUUCUAACACCGCUUUGGCCCAGAAGCUGUCCUUUCUCAGAUCUUUGCAGAAUGCAGCCAGUAACAACACAGAUUUUGUCCCAACUCAAAUUAGCCAAAGACACAAAGAAGAAAUUUUGUGCUGGGGCAGAGGAGUGCAGUGCUUUAACUCAUAGCUCUAUUGCUUGACUUACUGGAUGAAUAUUCGUAUGGGCGGGGUUGGAAUUCUGGAAGAGAGGAUGCAAUAAGACCAGCCUAUCUACUUAUUUUAAAUGGUGGGUCCAGCCUACCUUGUUAUCUUGGUUUCUUAGGGUCUGUUCACAUUACCACCUUAGCGAAGUUGCUCUUGGGGCCUCGGGCAUUUCACAGCUCUUUCCUCUCUAGCUGUUCACAUCAGCACAGCUUCGUUAGUGUCAGAUUAGUUUCUGUUUGGGUUCACCCCAGGGAGCAUCGGCCAGCCAGGAUGUCAUUACCCUGUGCAAUAGCGUUCGCCCCUUACGUAGAGCUGUAUUAGGAACAGCUUAAGAACUCCAGUCAGUUUAAGAAACAACACAUCAAAUAGCAGUAUUUUGAGGCACAAUCCAUUGUCUCUUGAGACAGACAGAUGCCAACAACAGGAUAUGUGUGCAUUUUGGAUAGUGCCAUGUGAACAUGGAUUAAAACCCUGCACUGGAAAAGAAAUAACUGGACAGGAAACGGGGGUGUGAACACAGCCCAAGUACUCAACAUUUGAGUUAGGUUUGUAGAAAACAACAGAAAGAGAGAGCAAGCAAAAUAUUUAGAAAACUAACUUUUAGUUCAUUAAUUUGUCUGAAAGCAAAAGACAGAUGCACAAACCCAUAUUGUCUCUCAGCCCAAUUAAAUAGACUGCAGCAGACUCCAGAAAAUCUCCUGUAUAUUUUUUGGCAUAUGUUUGUUUGGCUUGUCUCUUGAUUAAUGCCAAAUGAGGGCCUGCAAGGAGCCACAAUUUGAUGUGGGGCCUCUCUGCUGCUUGAGUUAGAAUCCCAGCCCUACAUAUGGGGAUGCAGAGGGCAGGGCUAUUGGGUGGGAAAUGUUAUGAGCACCAACUUAGAAUUUCAUCCUAAGGGGGAGGGAGCAAGACGGUCCUGUAAAAAGCUCACAUUCCUCUUGGUUUUAAAGUCCACCCAUUUUUAGUUGGCCAUUACUCCUCUGGGUGGGGCUGGCUUCCCCCCAGCAAGUUCUCUGGUAUCGCUCAGGAUUGUCCAGCGGAGAAACAGGCUUGCUCAAGGUGAAAUGGGAUCAGUUCUGUUGUUGUUGUUUAGUCGUUUAGUUGUGUCCGACUCUUCGUGACCCCAUGGACCAGAGCACGCCAGGCACUCCUGUCUUCCACUGCCUCCCGCAGUUUGGUCAAACUCAUGUUCGUAGCUUCGAGAACACUGUCCAACCAUCUCGUCCUCUGUUGUCCCCUUCUCCUUGUGCCCUCCAUCUUUCCCAACAUCAGGGUCUUUUCCAGGGAGUCUUCUCUUCUCAUGAGGGGGCCAAAGUAUUGCAGCCUCAGCUUCACGAUCUGUCCUUCCAGUGAACACUCAGGGCUGAUUUCCUUAAGAAUGGAUGCGUUUGAUCUUCUUGCAGUCCACUGAACUCUCAAGAGUCUCCUCCAGCACCAUAAUUCAAAAGCAUCCAUUCUUCGGCGAUCAGCCUUCUUUAUGGUCCAGCUCUCACUUCCAUACAUCACUACUGGGAAAACCAUGGCUUUAACUAUACGGACAUUUGUUGGUAAGGUGAUGUCUCUGCUUUGGUUCUGUAUGGUCCUGUUCUGUAUGGUCCACCAAAUAAAUAUUACCCAGAAACUUAAACCUGAGGGGGCAGCUUCUUUCAGUGGGGACUACUUUUGCUGUCAACACUGGCGGAACUGGGCACCCUCAAAAGGUGAUGCAGAUGAUAGCUGAGCACAUCUCAAGCCAACUCACUUUAAUUGUGAACCUUAGAAUGCAUAGACCACGCUUUUACUGAUACUGAAGUGAAAGAUUGCACUUGGGCUUGAAACUCAAGGGAAGAAGAUGGCAUGCAGUGUAAUGUUUAUAUUUGAGAGAAGCCAUGGCCCAUAUGCUCUUUGAAAAUGAUUUUGCACCAAGGCAUAGGAAGUCCUGUGCCAAUGAACUGCAAAUUCAGCACCAAGAAAGUGCUGAUUAUGUUAUCGGGUUAAAUGAGAGCAGGCCAACACAAAAAUACAAUAGGUUCCUUUUGCCUGAUGGUUCUCCACUUGGGAACUUUCUUGCAAUCUUAAUUUGAUAGGUUAGCAGGGAGGAAGAUCUAGGGAAAGCAGGUUUGGCAAGAGAUGUCUACGCACUGGGAAUUAUCAUCUCUUCCCGACUCAGCUGGUUGAGUCUUGAGUCAGAAUUCUUCUGCAGCCCAGCAUUCCUCAGCUCCUGAGUGGCCUAUUGACUUCACAAGAACAGGUGCCUUCUCUCUUGGAGUGAUAGCCAAUGAUCAUGUCCCAGAGCAAAGAAGGUGGAGAUAACAAAUUCAAGAUUGCCUUUUUAUUAUUAUUGCAGAGGCAAAAAACCUACAUGGUGUGUUUCUUCCACCCUGGUUCUGUUCAGCAUUGGACUCUUGUCUGUUGUGAUGAACGUCAGUCUCCCCACCCACCCCUGCUUCUGUGUGUUUUUCCACACCAGCUUCAUGCCCUGGCCUUGCCAAAGUUGCACCCCUCUUCCCUAGGGGGCAGCACCUGUUCCUCUGAAGAGCUGUGCAGAAGGGGCCUAAUGCUUUUGCAGAGCUCCAGAAGCAAGCAAGCAUUGCCUGCAGGGCAAAAGGUGGCAGCUUUCAGCUCUGUGGGCUGAAGGGGCUCAUUGUAUAAGGAGGUCUUGGGAGUUCGGCAAGAUCACACAAUUGGCCCUUUCAUGCCAGCUGGAGACUCUUAUUAAAAACUAGUCCUUCCUCCUCCUCCUCCUCCUCUCUCCCGCCCAUCUCCCACACUGCAGGAAAGGUUUGGGGAGUGGCCAGCCAAGCUCAAAUGGGCUUUUUCUCUUGCACUUCCACUCCUCUUGCCCUGAAGCUAGAAACUUGCUCCUUUCCACUAACACUCCCAGCAAAAUGGUUCAGGCCAUUGACUUUCCCCUCCCGCCCCAAGAGAUGCAUGUGGGCAUCCUUCCCUAAUACAAAGGCCUCCCCUUGUCUUGCAUGUGCUGUGAGCAUGUAACCAAAUGCCCACUUGCUCUUUACAAGCACGACUGCACACUAGGACAGUAGAGAGAGCCCUUAAGAAAAGGCACGGUGUGUUCUCCAGAGGCAGUCCGUUAGGAUCAUUGGCUGCAACACGGGUACCUCUUAGCAUUCUUUCACCUCCUCCUCAUACUUGUAGUCCUUAGUGGCAAAGGAUGGAAUUCUUCUCCCCUUCAGUUAAUGCUGCAAACUUUAAUAACUUAGAUGUUGUGAUUUAUCAACUAAGACACAAUUUCCAAUAGAAGCUUCCCCACCCCCUUAUUCAGGUCUCUUCAAAGGCCUCCUGCUGAGAUGGCCCAUGUGCUUCUCAGAAGGUCGGGGGUUCAAAUCCUUGCGACGGGGUGACCUCCCAUUGCUCUGUCCCAGCAGUUUGAAGGCACACCAGUGCAAGUAGAUAAAUAGGAACCACUUUGGCAGGAAGGUAAACGGCAUUUCUGUGCGCUCUGGUUUUCGUCACGGUGUCCCAUUGCGCCAGAAGUGGUUUAGUCAUGUUGGCCAUGUGACCCAGAAAGCUGUCUGUGGACAAACACUGGUUCCCUCGGCCUGAAAGUGAGAUGAGCGCCUCAACCCCACAGUUGCCUUUAACUGGACGUAACUGUCCAGGGGUCCUUUACCUUCACCAUUACCGAAUGGAGUUGACUUUUUCUCAUUGCUUCCUGUGCAGGCAAGUUGCUGAACACCCUUGCAGCCCUUGGUGACUCAAGGCAGGGAACUCCUCCAGUUGGGUCAACCCUCUACAUUGGGACUGUCUUCAGACCAAGCGGCUGCUGGGAGCACAGCAAAAACAAGGGCCACGUGAGAUGUGACAAUGUUCAUGUGAUUGGUGCGGAUGCUUUUUUAUAUGUCAGCAACAGGUGUGGGGUUCUUCCGGAUUGGGACCCCGGCGGGAGGGUCAAGCAGGCAGGGAAGCUUUAAGCCUUUGCAAUCCCAGCCAGUGCAGAGGGCUCCAUACCAGCUUUUUUCUUUUAAAAAUGCACCAAUCGUGUGGAUGGCACCGCAUUUAGCUUGGCCCAAGGAGCAAACACCACCUGUCCAUCCUCAUGUUCACUGUGCACUGCUCUGACUUUCAACUGCACUCUCUUCCUGAAUGGCAUAAGAUGAACAGGUGGGCUGGACAGAAAAUCUUUAUAGACUUUUUGCACUUUCCCGUUGUUUCGUUUCCGGGGAGAGGCAAUGGCUUGGAAUUCACAGCGCACCCUGUUUCUGGUCCCCAUGGCUGAGUGCAAAGGAAGAGGGAGUAAAAGAAGGAAAAGGGAGCAGACAGUGGCUUCAUCUAAUGUCCCCCAGAAGCAACUGGUCUUCACCAAAGCUGGGCAGCAGGGCAGAUUCCUCUCUAAGCACCCACCUUGAGGCCCCUGUCCCAGGUCAAGAUGGGAAGGUCUAGAGGGCGCUUGUGGCUGCCUUGACAAUUGUCCCGGGUGACCUCCAUUGUCCUGAAUGUUAUUUGCUGAUGAACAGAACAGGCUCCUGGUCCUGACUCUCAGUUUGCCCUUAAUCCAUAGAGAUUAGAAGAGGAGCAAUGAAGAAUCUCCCUUGCUCUGCCCUUCUUUGCCUCUUCCAUGCUCUCUGGCUUUCAGUUGUGACCUGGAUAGGCUAUCUUGGCGGCAUACGCCUGGUUAUGAGCAGGCAAACUGUCCGCAGAUUGCAUUUUCAUUAAAAAUGCUAAGCGGAGGUUCUUAUAUCUCCGUCACCUCACUCCAGAUUGGCAUCCAGGAAAUAGAAUUUCCUCCCCCAGCCUUUGCAGGUUAGGGAGGGCUGAAGGCUUCUUUUUCAAAUGCACAAUGCCAGAUUCAGCUGCAUCUUGGCACCGAGUGAUGGACCUGGUUAUGAACCAGCAGCACCCGCCUGCCAGCCAGCCAGCCAUGAAGUCCCAAUCCAAGUGGACCCCCCCCAAUGCCAUCAUACUAUCUGAGCGGAAGAAGCUGAUCGAGAAAGGCAGGCUUCCAGGGGGACCCCACCCAGCUGCCGAGCUUCCAGGUCUUGCAAGCAGGACCUAAUUGGAUCCUUGUGUGCUUGGCAGCCGGAUGGAGCUGUCUUAAAGGGGCCGCUGCACCUGGGGGAGGAGGGGGAGAAGGAUUGGAAGACAGUUUGUCAGAUCAGGGGGGCGGGAAGGAGGCAGGUUGUGCUGGGGAGGAGGGGCUAGAACACAUUCUCUCCUGCUCUCUUUUCACCAUUUCAGUUUCAGGGCUCACCCAGACUUCAUUUUGUGCUGCGCUUCCGGGAACGGGUCUGUGCUUUAAAGCUCUGGGUCCGGGCAAUUCCCCCCCCCACCCUGAAGCUUUCCCCAGAAAAACCCACUCUUUACCACUGAAUUGGAGCAAAUGGCAAUCUGUGGAAACUGUGAAUUGCCGUUUGUUCCAAUUCAGCAUUAAAGAGUGGAAAGUGACAGGUAAAAAGAAAAGUGCUUGGACGUGGAGCUUUAAAGCAUGGGCCUGUGCCUGGAAAUCACAGGGCAGAAGCUAAGUGUGGAUGAGCCCUCAGUAGAAUCAUAGAAUUGCAUAGUUGGAAGGGACCCCAAGGGUCAUCUAGUCCAACCAACCCCCUGCAAUGCGGCUAAAGCACCCAUGACAGAAGGCCACCCAACCUCUGCUUAAAAACCUCCAAGGAAGGAGGAGGAAGGUGGAAGACUAUUGGAAAAAAGAGGAAAGGAAAAAAGGGUGGCUACUUCAAGAAGAGUUGGGGGUGUGCCUUAUAAUAAAUGAGCUGUGUUCAUAACAUUACCAUGAGCAGUCUCUCUUUAAUGCAAAGGGAUGACUGUCUUUAGCACGUCUACCCAGCAUACUGUCCCCAUUUUAAUGGUUUUAGACAACAGAUGACAGAGGAAUUGUGGUUCUGUGAGAGCUGAAAGUGGUUUAAGCAAAGCAUCGGCCCCAAACAUAAUGAUGGAAGUUGUUUACUAGAGGCAAAAACAAGACGAGUGCCGCUCCAGAGUCAUCCCCCUUUCAACUCUUUGGAGGUGGUGAGUAACACAGCCUCAUAGUGUUGAACCAGCGAGCUGGUUGGACCCUCCCGGUAAUUCUGAAGAAUAAUCAUUCCCCACCCACCCCAAAUCGUGCUCUGGAACCAUGCCUCUUGAUGCGCCCAGUUUCUGCUUCCAUGUGAUGAGAGCCAGGAUGAUCAAGCAGCAGGGCGAAGCCGUUCGAGGUUGCACAUAUGGCUGGAUCUCUUGGCCAAAGCUUAGGUCCCACAGCCCAGCCCCCUCCCCACAAAUGAGUGGGAAGACAAGAAACUGUGCAAUUGAUAACCAAAGUAACAGCCAUGUCUGCCUAACCCCAUAUCUCCCGAAGACCAUUAAGUCCAGGGUGCAAAAUUAACUAAUUGCACCACUGAAGCUUGGGGGGGGGGGAGAGAAAGUGGGGCAGGAAAAUGCCCACUGGGCAUGUAAUUCAUGCAAACAAUUUGAAGUACGGAUCCCAAAUUCCUGAGUGUUUAUUCUCUUUGUGCCACCCGCCAAAGACAGCUCUUUCAUAUGCUGCAAUGGUAGGUAAGUCUUCCGACCGCUGAGCAAUCAGUGCAGACAUAGGUUCCUCCCAGAAGCCUCUUGGCCACCAACAGGGUGUGCAAUAGUCCACUUAAGUUGCCCCAAUGCCAAGGCCCACAGAGUUGGAAUAUAACUUGAGCAUCCAAUAAAUUUAGGUAUUUUCCCAGGACCAAACUAAUACGGAGAAUGGCUUCCAUCUAAAACAGUGCCACUAUAGGGCAUGACCAGAUUGUAUGUUUCAGCGCCACACCUUGUGUGCCAUAAUGCUAGCAAGUGUCUGUGGGUGCAAGACAUUUCUGACAAAGACAUGUUUUUGCUGCAUUAAAGGUAAAGGGACCCCUGACCAUUAGGUCCAGUCAUGGACGACUCUGGGGUUGCGGCGCUCAUCUCUCUUUAUUGGCUGAGGGAGCCGGUGUACAGCUUCCGGGUCAUGUGGCCAGCAUGACUAAGCUGCUUCUGGCGAACCAGAGCAAUGCACGGAAACGCCAUUUACCUUCCCGCCGGAGCGGUACCUAUUUAUCUACUUGCACUUUGACGUGCUUUUGAACUGCUAGGUUGGCAGGAGCGGGGACCGAGCAACAGGAGCUCACCCCGUCACGGGGAUUCGAACCGCUGACCUUCUGAUCGGCAAGUCCUAGGCUCUGUGGUUUAACCCACAGCGCCACCCGCUGCAUUAAAGGUAAAGGUAAAGGUACCCCUGCCCGUACGGGCCAGUCGUGUCCGACUCUGGGGUUGUGCGCCCAUCUCACUUAAGAGGCCGGGGGCCAGCGCUGUCCGCAGACACUUCCGGGUCACGUGGCCAGCGUGACAAGCUGCAUCUGGCGAGCCAGCGCAGCACACGGAACGCCAUUUACCUUCCCGCUGGUAAGUGGUCCCUAUUUAUCUACUUGCACCCGGGGGUGCUUUCGAACUGCUAGGUUGGCAGGCGCUGGGACCGAACGGCGGGAGCGCACCCCGCCGCGGGGAUUCGAACCGCCGACCUGAUGAUCAGCAAGUCUUAGGCGCUGAGGCUUUACCCACAGCGCCACCUGCUGCAUUAGGCAUAGCCAAAGGCCCGCUGAGCACAACCUUACAGAGGCUGACAUAGUUUGCCAUUGUCUCAAGCGUUCAAGGCAAUCCAGUUCUUUGUUCGGGUCCUCCCUUGGGCCAAUAAUGGCCAGAUUUAUAUGUCUGAGUGCAACCAGUUUCUGUAAUAGAUCCAAGCCUGGUGAUUGCAAUUAGAUCCAUCCCAAAUCUUUUCCAAGUGGUAUCUGCAUGGAGGGAAGGGGAGGAAGUAGCUGUCAUUCCUAGUUAGAGCAUUGGACAGGAUUUCCCUGGAACUUAUCCAGCUAGAAAGAUAGACAUUGGACUUUUUGGGGUCAUUUGGUCACUUCUGAUGAGAUGGACAGAUACGAGGUGCUGUUCUUGACCCCCCAGCUAUAGUCUAACCAUGCUGAUUGCACACCAUAAAAAGUGUCCAUCAGUAUUUAGACUCACUUUUCACUUGAAAAUGGUUUGGAGGCACUGGGCUGCCUUCUGUUGGAGGCUUUUGGAGGGUUGGAAAGUGGAAUGUCUUUCGUUUGACCAAUAGGGUUCUUAAUACUUGUUCUCCUUCAGGCUCUGGUUUGGUAUGGAGGGGGAUUAGAUCAAACUGGUGGGUAUUCUUGCUCAGGUAUAUAAUGAUAGCACUGAACAAUUGGCUGUGUACCUCUCUUUUAAUGCUCAGGGAAGUUAUUGUACUGAAAACAGAUUUGCACGCAUACACAAGCAUCCCAAGAGCAUUAUCAGUUGCAUGGAAGUGAUGAUAAUGUGCAGUAAUGAAUAUAAUAUGAAAAACAAAGCUCACAAGGCAAAGGCACAGGCCUGAAGCAACAUUAGGCAGGCAGGCAAGCGGGCAGGAUUGCAUCUGACCAGCUCGGCUCCACUGAGUCUCAUAGCAGCAAUUGUGAGUCUUGUCCUGUUCUUCAGGUUUCAGGGAUUGUGUACAGAUCCAGAGUUUGCUUAGGAAUAUCAUUCUUGCUCUUGCUUGAGCUAACUUGGUGAUGUUGCUGGGGGAGAGGUUCCUUGCCUAAGAGAUAAUCCCUGCUCUCCCAGCCAGAGUUUAUAUGACUAAGGACUCAGCUAUACAGCUGCAAAUAAAAUGUUUUAAGUGUGUUUUAAGUGCAAUAUACAAUGUGACACUAGGUGGUGAUGUUGAGCCUUAUGGAAAAUUCAAUUUAUUUUUUAAAAUGCUUAAAAAAACCCUUUUCAGAAUAGUUUUUAUAUGUGUGUAGAUUCCAAAUAAGACUUAGCAUGCUCACCUCUUUUUUUGUUAUUUAGAAUUGCUUCAGUGGCACAAAACAUUUGCUGAAAGAAAGGAAGCAGAGCAGUCUAUCGUCACAUCUCUAGGUCUCCAGGGAGAUCAGACGUCUGCAAUGUAUUUCGACGACAAAAAACCAAAUAGAGAUAUUUAGCCACUAACUUGGUGAGCUCCUGAUCAUUCCCCAGUAAUAGAAAAUGUAUGACCUCCAACUCUGGUUUCCAUUUGGGGAUGCAGAGUUGAUCUAGAACUUGCUGGUGAAGAUCAGCAUAUAGUUUUACAAUUAAGAACCAUAUGUGUAAGGGUUUCCACCAGGUGGUCUACACACGGGCAGGUGUUUUCUCCUUCCACCCUGCUGGAGAACCUUCCCCAAAGGUGGUUUGAUGGAUUUGAAUUAAACCUGCGAAAAAGCCCUUCUUUCUUGAGGGUUAAGCAGAAAUUCAAGGUAAUUGUGGUUUCCCCAGCCACUCUGGGCAGCUCCCAACAGAAUAUGAAAAACACAAUAAAACAUCAAACAUUAAAAACUUCCCUAAACAAGGUUGCCUUCAGAUGACUUCUAAAAGUCAGAUAGUUAUUUAUUUCCUUGACAUCUGAUGGGAGGGUGUUCCACAGGGCAGGCACCACCACCGAGAAGGCCCUCUGCCUGGUUCCCUGUAACCUCACUUCUCGCAGUGAGGGAACCGCCAGAAGGUCCUCAGAGCUGGAUCUCAGUGUCCGGGCUGAACGAUGGGGGUGGAGACGCUCUUUCAGGUAUACUGGGCCAAGGCCGAAGCUGGUGAGCUGUUUUAAAACUGGUUCCUGUUGACUGGUCCCAGUUACUAUCCCAGAGCUGUGUUUUUUAAUAAUUUGAGCAGUCUUCAAAGGCAGCCUUGCACAUUAUAGACUUAGAAUGGUCGAGUCUAGAGGAUGUCAGAGCAUCGAGAACCACAGCCAGGCAUUUCAAUCCAGGAGGGAGCAUAGCUGGCACAUGAGCCUUGGAUGCUGAAAGCUGCGGCAUGCCAUGCUUGGGGUCCCAAGGAGACACAAGUGGAUCCCUUGGCAGCCCCAGACUGUGAGCCUGAUUCUCUAGGUGGAAACGCAGGUGACGCUGUGGUCUAAACCACUGAGCCUCUUGGCCUUGCCAAUCAGUAGGUUGGCGGUUCGAAUCUCCACAACGGGGUGAGCUCCUGUUGCUCUGUCCCAGCUCCUGCCAACCCAGCAGUUUGAAAGCACUCCAGUGCAAGUAGAUAAACCGCUGUGGCGGGAAGGUAAAAGGUGUUUCUGUGCGCUCUGGUUUCCAUCACGGUGUUCUGUUGUGCCAGAAGCGGUUUAGUCCUGCUGGCCACAGGACCCGGAAAGCUGUCUGUGGACAAACACCGGCUCCCUCGGCCUGAAAGCGAAAUGAGCACAGCAACCCCAUAGUCGCCUUUGACUGGACUUAAUCGUCCAGAGGUCCUUUACCUUUUUUUACCUAGGUGGAAUGCAACCCCAUCCAGAACAGGUUGAGCAUCCUCUCCCUGGUCACACAAACCACCCAUCUGUAGCUUGUCUGUUUUGGCAGGAUUGAGUUUCAGUCUACUGGCUCUUCCACAGCCCAUGACUCACCCAAAGCAGCAUGACUGCAACCACAUGUUGAUUUGGCCUCGAAUGCCAGAGCAAGACAGCAACACCAUUAGCUUGCUGGAUAUAUUCAAGGAGAAGUUAUGGGUGUGUCAAUACCACCCCCACCCUUACUAUCAUGGAAUCAUUCGAUCCCAAUGAAAGAGAGGGUGGGAAUAUUCAAUGACUUUCAGGGGUGGGCAAGCAAAUCUUUAAAAUGCUUAGUUUGCCUUAAAUAUGAGGGGUUUUGUUUUGCCACCACCCCCAUCAGAAAAACGUUUUGCCAUUGCUUCAGGUCAAUGCAGGGCAGAUCCUGGCCACACUCUUUUCCUGGGACAGAAUGAUUCUGUUGUCACAGCACAGCAGCCUCACUGGGACAUGUGCUGCACAAUGGCAAGAGGUUUUUUUCUGGUUUAAAAGAAGAAAAGUUUCUGCCACCUCAUAUUUAUGGAAAGCCAGACAUUAUUUAAAUUAAACCUUCCCCCACUGCUACUACCGUCCUCUGGGGAGAGUUUUCACCUACAAGAAAGAAGAUUCCACCUAAACAUUAGGAAGAACUUCCUGACAGUAAGAGCUGUUCGACAGUGGAAUUUGCUGCCAAGGAGUGUGGUGGAGUCUCCUUCUUUGGAGGUCUUUAAGCAGAGGCUUGACAACCAUAUGUCAGGAGUGCUCUGAUGGUGUUUCCUGCUUGGCAGGGGGUUGGACUCGAUGGCCCUUGUGGUCUCUUCCAACUCUAUGAUUCUAUGAUUCUAUGAAAUUUCCAAAAAUUCAGCAGGUCUAAAUAUUUUGGCUCAGGGCUGAAAGAAUUCCAUCUUGCCUACAAUCUGACGGUAACUUCCAAUGCUGGAAUCUAGGGAUGCAGUUCCUUUGGAUUUCUGAUGAGAAAUUGUAAUAACCUGCAGUUUCAUAAGAGCAGGGGUCAGGAACCUUUUUCAACCGUGGUCCGGUCCACCGUCCCUCAGACCAUGUGGUGGGCCGGACUAUAUUUUGAGGGGGAAAAUUUGAACGAAUUCGUAUGCAUUUUAAAUUCCAGAGAUGCAUAUUAAACAAAAAGACACAUUCUACUCAUGUAAAAACACGCUGAUUCCCGGACUGUCCGCAGGCCGGAUUGAGAAGGCGAUUGGGCCGCAUCUGGCCCCCGGGCCUUAGGUUGCCUACCCCUGCUUGAGAGUGUACAGUGCUACCUCUGGAUGUGAACGGGAUCUGUUCCGGAGCCCUGUUCACAUCCUGAAGCGAAUGCAACCCCCGUCUGCGCGUGCGCGGGUCGCGAUUUGCCGCUUCCUAGGUAUGACUGUAUAUUUGAAGAAGAUGAAUAAAUGAGCAAAUUAAGUUAAUUUGGAUGUGCAGAAGAUACUGAAAAUAAGAAACCACAGAAAGGUGGCGGGGGGAGGAAGCCAAGUUUUGAAAUGUCAAAAUGAUUGUAAAACCAGUGAAAUGUCUAAAUCUGAAAAGUAUAUAUAAAAAAGGGAUUUCUGAUGAGAACUGGUCUCUCUACUGAGAGAAAAUUCAGUGCUGGAGAGAGGAAUAUUGGCAUGAGAUGAGAGGGAGUUAGGGAGGUUUCCACCCAAAUUCUUCUCCCCCAGUGCUGCUUGUGCAAGCAUCUUCAUUGCAUGUGCUGGGUCUGCAUCAUGUAAGCAAGACACUGAUUCCACACCCCACCCCACUGUUGAAGGAGAAGCUGGCAAAGGCAGGGGAAUAGGCACCAUGGAAUGUCCCAUACCUGCCCUUCAGUUCUGAGAAACAGAAGGGGACUGGGUGGAGAGCAUUCCACAGCUGCAUCGCCCACACACUGUAACAAUCAGCGCACCAUGUGUGUUGAUGUUCUGCCCAACCAAGGCCCUCUUCCAUUCCCCUUUGCCCACCACUACCAGCUGCUUCCUGUCCUGGGAGGCUUUUAACUGCAAAGAGGGAAGGCUGGGGCUGGGUGCUUCAGCCCCUUUACAUGCUGGGAGACAUUUAAGAGCUGCAUUUUGAGGUGGGGAGAAAGUGACUCUUGAGCAGAGGGCUUUAACAUGGAAACAAAUGCACUGCCUCUGUUCUUAACAGGGUAAUGCCGAGUCUGGCUGCUAAACUUUUGGCCCCCUCUUUCCUUCUUCUUUUUUUAAGUGAACAUCUUUAUCGAAAGUUCAAAAAGCACAUAAUUAUAUGUGCACUAAACAUGGCGAGACGUAAAUAAAAGAGAGAAAAAGAAACAGAAACAGAACCAAUGUAGAAGGGGGGAAGGGAACCCCCCCCAAACUGUAUACUUUACUUCACCAGAUCUUAACCCAGGGGUCAGCAAACAUUUUCAGCAGGGGGCCAGUCCACUGUCCCUCAGACCUUGUGGGAGGCUGGACUAUAUUUUUUUUGGGGGGGGGGGAAUGAACAAAUUCCUAUGCCCCACAAAUAACCCAGAGAUGCAUUUUAAACGAACACAUUCUACUCAUGUAAAAACACACUGAUUCCCGGACCAUCCACGGGCCAGAUUGAGAAGGCGAUUGGGCCGGAUCUGGCCCCUAGGCCUUAGUUUGCCUACCCAUGUCUUAACCUAUUGCAGUAUUUGUAAGAAUGGAUUCCAAAUAUCACUGAAUUUGUCCAUGGCAAGUCUGCAUUUAUAUGCAAGUUGUUCAUAUGCUGUGAGCUUGUAUAAGUCUUCAGUCCAGUCGUAGGAGGGAGCCACAUUUUUAUUUUUCCCGUUCACCAGUAUCAGUCUUUUUGCUGUGGUAAGGGCAGGGAGAGUCCACUCAUAUUGUCCUUUUGCAGGGUUCCAUGUUCUGAGUGUAUAAUUCAAGAGGAUAUUUUGCUCUGUAAAUGUAAGGUUGUUCUGUACAGUUCUGUUGAUGGUUUCAGUUACCUUCUGAUCUUUUGCCCCCCCCCCUUUCCUGAUGGCUCACCCACCUUCUUGCUCAAGUCCAACCUGUGCAAGUUUCCGGAGCUUUGUAAGCAAUAAAGGGUGACCUUUCACGCCGCCUUCCCAGGUUGGGGGCCCAGACUGCCAUUGGAGAACUACAGGGCCCAUUCAAGACACCAGCUGGGGGUAUGUAUGACAGCAAACGUCAGCUUACAGGGUAAAAAAGCUAUGACAGGCAAUGGCAGAGAUGAUUAGCAUAGCUGGGUUUGUGCCUUUUGCCCAGUGGGCUGCCCCGUGAGUGCUGUUCAGGAAGCAGCUGCCCGUAUCCUGAGCCUCCAGGGACCUCUUAAGAAGUGCUUUCCUUGCCUCUGGAGUGGGGCUGAGUGAGUGACUCAUGCCACUGGCCUCUCCAAAGGCUUCUUAGCCUGCCUGUUCAUCCCCUCCCAACAUUUCGUAGAACAAGAUGCAUAUUUUAAGAUUGUUUUGGAUUAGCUGUUCUGGAAAGCGGAAAGCAAGCUUGAAAACACAAUGCAAAAAGAAGGCAUUUCGGCUGCAGCCAAAAGAUCAAAUUGUGUUGGCUGUUGCAAUUAUGUCUUUGUCCUUCUUCCAAAGAACUGGGGGGGCGACGUCAGCAACGUAGGGGGUUUAUCCCAUUUUAAUCCUUACAAUGGAUGAGUGACUUGCCAAAGGUCACCUAGGAAGCUUCAGGGCUGAGCCUGGGAUUUGAAUUUGGCUCUCCUUGGUUAAAGGCUAAACAUUCGGCUCACUACUCUACUGCUUUCAAAGUUUACACUUACCUGCCCCUCCCCAAAAAGCCUAAAGACAUAUUGAAGUGUCUUAGGCCUGCAUCCUCCUCACACUAAAUUCCACGACAAAUGUCUCCUAAUCGCAUCCGUCUUCUUUGCCAGUUCGAGAUAUUCAAAUAAUUUAGCCUGCCAUUCCUUUUUUUGUUGGUACUAUUUCACUUUUCCAGAUUCUAGCUAUUAAUAUUCUUGCUGUUGUUGUAGCAUAAUACAAGAACUUGAGGCAUAAAAGCCCCUUCUCCUCCCAUCUCAUGGAGUCUAUUUUUUACAUGGAGAAAAGAUGGCUGCAAUUACAUGGGCAUUCACCCUGCCUUCCCACCUCAUGCUCUGUUGUCUGAGGAACUUUCCUCCCAGCUCUGAUACUGGAAGUAAGGGGCGUGGGUUUUUUUUGGGCGGGUGGGGUGGAAUUCUGGAGGCAGACCACAGGAGAGGUUUUGUCUUUGCUCACCUGUGUGCAGCUUUUGAUGUGAAAAUUAAGGCACACAUGCAUUCAGAUACAUUUUAGCAUGAAUGAGACAGAUGUGAGAAAUGCAAACAUGGCCGUCCCCAUCAUUCUCCUUUGGCCCUUCCCUACCCCACCAGGGAACCUUGUACAGUGGUACCUCAGGUUACAUACACUUCAGGUUACAGACGCUUCAGGUUACACACUCCGCUAACCCAGAAAUAGUGCUUCAGGUUAAGAACUUUGCUUCAGGAUAAGAACAGAAAUCGGGCUCCAGCGGCGCGGCGGCAGCAGGAGGCCCCAUUAGCUAAAGUGGUGCUUCAGGUUAAGAACAGUUUCAGGUUAAGAACGGACCUCCGGAACGAAUUAAGUACUUAACCCGAGGUACCACUGUAUUGUGCUGGAGAAAGAGAAAAUGUUUUGCUGGCUCCCACUCUCAUCUAUAUACUGUGAUCCCAUUGUUAUCCAGAAUCAUGUUCAUGAGAGUGUGGAAGAUGCACAAUUACUAAAUGAGCAAUUUCAGAACAGCAACUAUAUUAUGCACACCGGAGAGGGUCUGCUCUCCCCCCUCUGCUUUCUGACAUCUUUCACAAAGGAUUUCCCCCUUUUUUGAUAUCUUGUAUGUGCAUCAGUUCACAAACGUGGCUGGGUUUGCUAUUUUGGAUAGUAAGGACAGGCGACACAUGACGUUUGUCAUGCCAUUCGCCUCUGAGCGCGGGCUUUUCCUUUCACGAACUGCCUGUGCGGGGACCUGAUCUGAAUUUAGUGGGAACUUCCUCUCCCCCACUGCAAAUUGCAGGACGGGGGGGGGGGGGGUCCUGAGAGCAGACUGCAGAGACUAGGCAGAUUAUGUUGGGGAUGUCUUAGCUGUCUUCAGAACCCAGAGUUGUGGACAGGUCAGCAAUAAAACACCUGGUGCCUGAGAAGCUAACUGUUUAUUCAAAGAAGCCAAAACAGCACAGGCCUAGUGAUCACUGCAACUCUUCCCAGUUGGUCUUGCAUCAGUGAGGCAGUUGUGAGGAUCGAAGGUCCCUAUCUUCCCACUGCUCUCUAAUUCCUCUCUAUGUUCUGGGAGACCAAGCAGUAGGCGAGCUGGUCGCAGCGGGAGGAGGAGAUUCCUUGGCUUCUUCAGUAGCCUGCCUCCACUUCUGCCUCCAAUUCUGGACUGCUUUCUGCCACAGCCUCUUCCUGCUCACUAAACCCUGUUACCCCUUCAGUUGCAUUUUUUAUGACGUCUGCCACACUGUGCUCUCUCUCCCUUCCCACCUCCCCCACCCUCAGUUCCAAAUGUGUGUGUACCCUUGCAUGUAUGUAUUUGAGUCACAGAAGCAAGCAGCGUCUGUGGCUGAUUUAGAACAAAAACAAAUGGCUGGCUGGGCAAGAGUUGAGCAUUUACACUCCCCCUACCUACUUCUCUACUCCGCUCCCUUCCAAAGCAUCUUUUAUCUAGGUUUGUUGUAUGUGUUAGCAUGCAAUGUUUUGCCCUAAAAGAGGACUUUGCAAGCCUGACAGUGAUCAGAAAGCAAAUUCCACCAGCCGAACACUCAUACAAUUUCAUAAAAAUAUGAAAAUCAUUGAAGUCAGUUCAUACAUCCAGGAUACAUUCAAACAUGCAUUAUUUGAGCAUACCGAUUAGAUUUUGUUCAACUGGUAUUUUCUUUCUCUGAGAUCCAUCUUGGAGCAAACUGGUUCUCUGUGUUUCUGAAAGAAACUUGUUUGUGUACUUCACUGAUUGGUGGAAUGGAUGAACCACCUCACUUUCCCCCAUGGAGCAGUUUCUCAACUUUCUAAAACCUAUUAUUUUCUCUCUCUUUGGAAAAAGCAAACAAAAAUGAUACGAAUGCACAUUUAAUUGAAUAAAUGUACAUGUGGCUUUUUCUCUUAGAGUGUCCAGUGGCAGCAUUGAAGUCCAUUGCAGAACUGAACCAAAUAUUCUCUCUGGCCACCAUGAAAUUAAAUUAAACUUCAUGGGAAUCUGAAGUUUGCCUUCCAUUGGCCAACUUGCGUUCAAAGAAUGCAAUGGUCACGUCUCUCCUCCUGCAGUGGUAGUUUAACGCUCACAAGGUUAUGCAAGUACCUUAUGUAACGUGUGGUUCAUUAGUUGGCUUUGUCCUGCCAUGUGCUGGAAGCAGAGGGGAAACCAGGCAGCUGCUAUGUGUGGAUGGUUAAAGGGGAAGAUGAUUUAGCCAGGAUACAACCACACGAGAGGCAAAGCAAAGAAGGAUACACGAGACAGCACCUUUGCACUGGUUCACAGUCUGUUCCAUGAAAUGUGCAAGUAUGAAUUUCAUUGACAAGGGGCUCAUCCUGCCCAGGAUCCUGUUUGUUUUCUUUUUAUAAAUAAUUUUUAUUGAUUUUACAAGUACAAAGUACAAAUAAACACAAACUAAUAAGAACAUAUCUGUAUAAGGAGAUUCUCUGAAUCUUGAGACUUCCCUCCAUGGAGUCUAAUUUUAAGCAUCUACAACUGCACAUUCAUUCGUACUCCAAUUUUUAUAUCAAACCAUAUUGUCCUUAAUAUUUUUUUUACACUACAAGUGAGUAGAAUCCUGCUCUUGUUUCCAUCUACUUACAGUGGUCUCCCAGGUAACUUACAAAUUUCCCCCAUUCUUUUAUAAAGUCUUUAUCCUCUUGGUUUUCUCAGUUUUCCAGUCAGCUUUGCCAUCUCAGCGUAUUCCAUCAGCUUGGUCUGCCAUCUUUCUUUGGUCGAGACUUUGUCUUCUUUCCAACUCUGGGCUAACAGCACCUGGGCGGUUGAGGUUCCAUACAUAGUCUUUUCUGCUCCUUUGGUAUGUCGAUACCUGUAAUUCCUAAUAAAAAAUCUUCUGGUUUCUUAACAAAAGUUAUUUUAAGCAUUUUUUUUAUUUCAUUAUAUAUCAUCUCCCAGAAAGCUUUUAUUACCUUACAAGUCCACCAUGAUAGAAGGUACCCAGUAUCCUGUUUCUAAGCAACUUUGCAGAGAGAAGCUGUGUGUGCUUGUAGGUUAAUUAUGUCAAAAGCAAUAUUCUCUAUAAGCUGUUACUGCUCAACAGCAGCGAAGGUGCAAUCCUGGGGGAAGAAGUGCUAUUUCCCAGACACAAGUUGUUUCAGUUUGAGUGCUAGGAAAAUACAAGGUCCUCUGUACCAUCCAAAGAGUAACUGUGAGGGGUGUACUCCUCAAAACGAAAACAAAAAACCCUCUGCUAAUGGGGAGUGACCCCUGCUGUCCACUUAGCCCUCUGGAAAGCUCAGCAGCUAACCUCGAGUUUCAAUGAAAGUAGGUUCUGGGGCUGAGUCCUGAGUUGGAUUCUGACAUUACAACUUUCUCUUUUGCAUACAGUGGUACCUCGGGUUAAGAACUUAAUUCGUUCUGGAGGUCCGUUCUUCACCUGAAACUGUUCUUAACCUGAGGUACCACUUUAGCUAAUGGGGCCUCCCGCUGCUGUCACACCACCACCGCAUGAUUUCUGUUCUCAUCCUGAAGCAAAGUUCUUAACCCGAGCUACUAUUUCUGGGUUAGUGGAGUCUGUAACCUGAAGCGUCUGUAACCUGAAGUGUCUGUAACCCGAGGUACCACUGUAUCUGAGACCCUCCAAGUCUCUCUGUUUUCCAGGGACAGUCCUGGAUUUACAGAAGCCGUCCUGGUCUCUGACUUGAUCCCAGAAUGUCCCCCUUUUCCUUAGGACGUCCCUAUUUUCAUCAGAGAAAUAUUGGAGGGUAUAUCUGCCAUGUGUCAUUCUGACCCAAACACCUUCUUUAUUCUUGUUCUUCUGGCCUGCCCACCGUCUCCCAUUCCAGGUGUCGAAAAAACCCCUCUAGAGGUUACUUAAGGGGGGAAACCCCAAUAUCACCAUCCCCAAUGUAGUAAAUAUAUUUUGCCAAGUUGGCAGUUGACAGCUGGAAUUACAGUGGUAUCUUGGUUGUCGAACCUAAUCCCUUCCAGGAGUCCAUUCGACUCCUGGAACCAUUUGACAACCUAGGCGUGGCUUCCAAUUGGCUGCAGGAGCUUCCUACACUCAAUUGGAAGCUGCGGAGGCCACGUCGGACAUCCAUCUUCCAAAAAACAUUCGCAAACUGGAACACUUACUUCCGGGUUUGCCGCAUUCGGGAGCCGAUUUGUUUGAGAGCCAAGCCAUUCAACAACCAAGGUACCACUUGUAUAUUAACUCUGCAUUUCCCUGCAAUUAAAAUUGUUUUGCCACCAUGCAGGUAAUGGCAAUGCCUCUGCCCUCUGACUAUGCGUUUACGCUCAUUCUGCAUUUUUGCUCCCACAGGAAAGGCUGCAGACCUCCAUGCAACAAACAGCUUUAUGAACUAGCUGUGUGGAGUUCUGAAGACUGACACAAGCAGAAAUUAAAACUGCCCAGUGAUUGGGAGUGAACAGAUUGGGAGUGAGGAUUGACAGUGAUGGGCAGCUGGGCCUGUUUUGAAACCGACCACAUGGCAACUUUAUUUGGUUCAGUCCCUGGACUCCUGGUUCUUGUGAUUUUAGCAAGGCAAGGGGCCCUACCCAGCUUUCAGCAUUCCCAUGUGGCUUGGGACCGCAUGACCCUUGCAAAGCAGUCCUUUUUUUUCCAGGCCUCUGGGCAAGUUUUAUUCCUAGGGAGGAGCCAAGAGUGACUCACAGGCAAGGACCAGAGGAAUAAGAUUCUUUGCUGGAAUUCUGGUUGCUUUUGGGGUGUGGCUACUCUUGCGUCUGCUGAGAAGGGUUUGUUUUUCUUGGUUUUCUCCCCUUCCCUUGUGUUUCUUCUUCUGUUUUUCUUCCAGAAGCUCUUCUCUUCCCGCCCCUUCACCCUGGGCCAAACCUCUCCCAUCCCUCCUUAAACUCCAGGCUUUUGGAGGCUGUUUUUCAUCUCUUCCUCGGACAAGCAGGCCUUUGUACUGCAAACUUUCUGGCUCCUUUCCACGCUAGCGUUUCGGAUGCUAAGAAUAGCCCUGAGCCGUGGCAGUUGAAGCUGCCGACCCUCGGAGGCCCUGGAUGUGAGGCCCUGGCGAAGAAGACAUCCCUCCUCCUCCUCCUAGGGGAAUAGGGAUGCAGCUGGAGGACAGCCAGGGAGGCACAUUGCCAAAAGUGUUGUCUAUAGCUCCAAGUCGGAAAGCCAAAGGUCACCAAGACUGUAGUUCGUGGCUUUCUCUCCCACCAGCCGCUUCCUUCUCCUCCCACCCUUGUCUAUUUAUAUUGGAGGCAUAUGGGAGGCAGGGCUGGAGGUUGGGGGGGGGAAUAGGGGGUGAUGGUGUGACCGCUGCCUCCCCCACACUAGGCGAGAUACCGUGGUGGAUUCUUGAUAUUCCUGUCAUUAGAAAUACCUUUGACAGACUGCAGGAAUUGCUAGAAUUGAGCGUACCAAGAACAUGAGGUCGGUAUGCUGUGCAGUGCCAAGAAGGAACUAUUUGUAGAUUUUAUCCUCAUUUUUAGAGCACUUAGAAGGACAGCAACCCUCUGCGGUGCUUCACCUGGCCAUAGCUGUCAACUUUUCCCUUUUCUUGCAAGGAAUCCUAUUUGGAACAAGGGAAUUUCCCUUAAAAAAAGGAAAACAUUGACAGCUAUGCACCUGGCAGGUCCAGGUACCUUCACAUUGCAUAACCCCCAAGUGUCCCAAUUUAACCGGGACACCCCAAAUUAGCAGAAGCCACUUCUGAUCCUAAAUGCCCCAAUUUUGUUCCCCUGUGGCUGUUGCGCCAGAGCAAGGGACCCAAAGACGGGGGCUUUCUGGUUCCAUGCUGUGGCAUCAGUCAGUUGGCUCACACCAGAGUGCAGGAUAAAAAUAAAUGGAAGGAAAACUUACCUUGACCUCCUCUUCCUCCUUCCUCCAUGGCAGCACCAAAGGUUUGUCUGCAGUGCUGGAGGAGUAGGGGAAGAGGCACGUCCGGCCGGGUCUGUGUCUCUGUACACAGCUGAGGCCGGGGUGAACUUCCAGUAGGCCGCUGCAGUCCAUGGGGUGUCUUCCAACAUACCCCUGAGGCUGCAGAGGAGGAGGACUGGACAAAGGUAGGAGGUUGUGGAGGGAGGGGCGGGGUGGACGAGGAAGGGAUCAGCGUCAGGGAGGGGGCAAGUGACAGGGUCAGUGGGGUGGUGAUGGGGGUUCCCCCCGAAUUGCCCUCCUAAAAUGAUGGAGGGUAUGGCUUUGCACCGACGUUCGCUGCAGCACACUGAAAUUCAGUUACAGCCCCCAUCUGUGCAGUGCAUGCUUACACAAGUCUAGUUGGGGUAACUGAACCGCCAUGCAGAAUAGCUCUUAUGGCCAUCCAGGAGACUUGUUGAAGGCACCCCGAGCAACUGCAACUGCAGACAACACCUAUCAAUAGAGCCCUCUAACCAGCUGAGCUAUCCAGACCAGGAGUCAGCAACCUUUUUCAGCCAUGGGCUGGUCCACCAUCCCUCAGACCGUGUGGUGGGCCAGAUUAUAUUUUGGGGGAACAAAAUGAAUGAAUUCCUAGGCCCCACAAAUAACUCAGAGAUGCAUUUUAAAUAAAAACACACAUUCUACUCAUGUAAAAACACCAGGCAGGCCCUACAAAUAUAACCCAGAGAUGCAUUUUAAAUAAAAGGACCUAUUCUACUCAUGUAAAAACACGCUGAUUCCUGGACCAUCCGCGGGCCGGAUUGAGAAGGCGAUUGGGCCGCAUCCGGCCCCCGGGCCUUAGGUUGCCUACCCCUGAUCCAGACUCACUGAGCCAAAGCUUUGUAUUUUGUAUGUUCGUAAAUCCUGGGAAUACUUUUGUCAAAGUCGCGACUUUCUUGUCAGACACUGUGGUGCAAAUCCCCAGAGAAUCUCUGUUGCAUCUUUUUGGUUGUUUUGCAUGUAUUUCAUACGUGGGUCUUGCCGUUGCUUUUAUUCUUGUCUGCAAAAGACAAUGUUCCAACUGCUUUGAACACCCUACAAUAUGGUUUUGUCUUGUACUGUGCUUUUGUCUUUGUUCAAUAUCACAGAAAGCUUACCAGGUGAAACAAUCCAAUCCCCCAUCCCUUUUUCUUAUAAUAAUAAAUAAAACAGCUGGCCCUCUGCUUUAAAGUUCGGGCUUGGGCUUUCUUUCCCCAGUGGGGUUUCAAAUGCCUGCAGGUUUUGCUGUUGUGGUAAAAUUGUUUCAGUUUUCUUUUCACGAGGGUUUUUGGAAGGCAGUUUUAAGUUGCUUUGUUCAGCUUUGUGAAGAAGAGAGACUUUCUUGCUUUCUCUCUGAAAUGAACUGGGAGGAGGAGUUGGGGGGAAAGGCACAGAACAGUAGCGUAGCUAGACUUAGCUUGUAGAAUUGUGGUUUUUUUUAAUUGAAGGAAGGGGUUAAUACUUCUAAAGGCCUAAACUUGCUCGGAUUUUUAUUUUUAAAACGCUAGACGCUUGAAUGAACAUAUCCCAUGUUCCAUGUGACAAGUUCGCACUAACUUUUGUAAUAUCAAUAUUAAUAUUUAUUAGGAAUGUGUGUCGGCCCUAUGUACUUUUCAAAUUAUGGGGCACAGAGAGGGGCAGUUUUCAUAAUUCAGUUGGAUUGUGCUGUUAACAAGGCAUCUUGAGUUAGAUCAGGGACUUACUAAUUCUCCAAUGCACUCUGGGAACUUUGUUUUUAAUCAACCACUAGCAGAGUCCAUGAGAGGGACUGACAUUUUCUUCCAUGCUCUUUUUGCCUCCAUCAUCUCCAUGAUUUCUGUUGUACCCACCCCAAAAUGAUAAAAUAGAAUCCCUGCAGCCAUAAUUCUUCCUUUCCUUUCCUCCUUUCCUUUCCUUUCCUUUCCUUUCCGUCUUCUUUGCUGCUAUCAUUCUGAAAUUUGGCAGACUUCAUUCCCUCAUAAGGGUUUAUCAUGCUUGCAAAUUGCAUCCAAUUCUGGCAUAAAAUAAAAGAGAACUUUUCUUUCUUUCUUUCUUUCUUUCUUUCUUUCUUUCUUUCUUUCUUUCUUUCUUUCUUUCCUUCCUUCCUUCCUUCCUUCCUUCCUUCCUUCCUUCCUUCCUUCCAAAACCCCAAUACGCCAUUAAUUUUAAAGGUUCUUUAUGUGCCUGCAAUUUGGCAGGCUUAAUGCAACCCCUUAAUCUGGAGGAACUGCUGUGCCCUCAAAUUUUAUUCAUUUCUGUAAUGUGUGUGUAGGUUCACCACUGUAGUAAAUGGAGGGGGUGGGACUGACCUUCAUUUUUAACAGAUCUGAUUUGGCCCCCAAUAAUGAGUUGAAUUUUAAAGGCACAGAAUGGUUCUGAAAGAUUGAGCUGCUUCCCAAAGUUAGAAACACAAGUCGAAUCUUGUGGUUGGUGCACACCCGUAAAAAGUAUGCAUAUUGUGAACACUUACUUGUACAAACAAACAGCAAAGAUAAACGUCAUUCAAGUAUUAACUUCAGUUCAAUCAUCUGAAAAUUCAGUGCUAUUGAACUAGUUCUUUUUUCCCUUCUUUGCUUAUUAUUGUUACACUUGCUCAUUCUUUAUGUAUAUUUUGUUGUCUACCUGUACCAUGCACCUGCUAUUUAUCUUUAUACAGCAUAUGGAACAAUGCCAUAAUUUAUAUAUGAAUGUAGAUAUUGUGGCUUUAACAGCCCUAGGAAGGAGCAACUAGGGACUGGCUCAUCUCAAAAUCUGAGGACUAGCCGAGAUGUCAAGGCCAGCAAUGUUGUAGCUACACAAAAUUAUGUCAAGGUGUAAAUCUUGGGUGUGCCAACACGGAGCCAUCAGAUAUUGCUUUAAUCAGUCCCAGCCAGCAUGGUUAAUGUCAGAGAUUAUGGGAGCUGAAGUCCAGCAACAACUGCAAGGUCCCAAUUACUCUUGGUGUAAAAUAAUCUUUACUUUCUAGCAUGGGCUCAAAAGAGAACUCUUUCCAGUGUUAUGGGUGGGAUUCCACUAAGGUGUUGCAUGCACAGAAUGAGGUCCACUUAUGCAACAGGGCUUCCUCACCCUCCUCUCUCCAAGCCCCCCUAAAUCUGCUCUGGAGAGUUGGGGAAAACCCCAGAACAGCUUUAGGGGAACAUGGGGGGGAGGGAGUCCCAUUGCAUGAGCGGACCUCAUACCAGCACAAAUACCCCACUUACCUCUGUAUCGAAUUCCGCUGGAAGAGACUGAGGCUGCUGUCCUAUACUGGCUUAAGUAGUUAGCACACUGAGCUCAGUGAGACUUGUUUCUGAGUUGAUGUAUAUGGGGUUGCACUAAAUUAAAGGUAAAGGGACCCCUGACCAUUAGGUCCGGUCGUGGCCAACUCUGGGGUUGCAGCGCUCAUCUCGCUUUAUUGGUCGAGAGAGCUGGCAUACAGCUUCCGGGUCAUGUGGCCAGCAUGGCUAAGCCGCUUCUGGCGAACCAGAGCAGCGCACGGAAAUGCCGUUUACCUUCCCGCUGGAGCGGUACCUAUUUAUCUACUUGCACUUUGACGUGCUUUUGAACUGCUAGGUUGGCAGGAGCAGGGACCGAGCAACGGGAGCUCACCCCGUCGCAGGGAUUCGAACUGCUGACCUUCUGAUUGGCAAGCCCUAGGCUCUGUGGUUUAACCCACAGCCCCACCCGCGGGCCUGCACUCAAUUAAGAAUCAACAAAUUCCUAGCUCAAAUUUUGCCCCAGCCAUAAACUGAAGAGAUAGCCUAAGGGCUCAUCCAGACCUCCUUUUCUGCUAUGUCUCUGGGCACAGGGCCACACCUUAAAGUUCUGUGUCCGAACAUUCGCUGAACAUGGAAUUUUCAAAUAUGAUGCCCUGCCAGAAGGCAUCAUUCUUGCUGCCUGCUGCUUCCCCAUAGGGGACAGGAGACAGCAGUCCUUAACAGCCAUGGGAAUGAAGUUUCGCUCAUGCUCAGGGACUAAUGUGUUGUGUUUCCUGGGGCUCCCCCACAACACAGACUUCAUUGGAUGUUUCCCCACUCUUGACUACUCAGUCUUCAGGGCUGUGGCUUGCAUGGAAGAUGUUCGUGAUCUCCAAAACCCUUGCAGCUCCUUCGUUCUAGCAAAAGCAGCUGGGCUUAGUUUAUCCAAUGUAAUUUGCCUUGACUUGCCUCUUAAUGGCACUUCUACAGCAGACAGUUUAGUUGGAUUCUGUUUUCUCUGUGGUUGUGCAGUACCGACAUCCUUUCAGAUUUUGAACUGCUGACAUUCUCCGAGUUCCGAAAUAUCACCCCCACCCACCAAGAUACUGCUCUACGUUUUUCUUUUUGGCUAAGCAGUGAUGCUUGGAAGCUAAUAACGGAUGUUCAUCCCAUUUCAUAAUAAAAUCGUUACCACUGACCAUGGUGUAGCAUUAGCAGCAAUAAAUUAAUAGUCAACUUGAUACAUGGAAUUUAAUUUAAAGAUUAUCAGAAAGAUAAAUCACUGUUCAUCAGUCUAAUUAAACUUGUUGUAUAAGCAGAUGUGAAUCUGUUCAGCUAAUUAAUCUUAUUCUUUUAAAUUCUGCAGUGUUCAAGAUUAACUCAGUAAUCUAAUUUUGAGACGAAAAUGUAACUAAACACAGCUUUUUUAAAAAAAACCUGUUCAGCCCCAUAUGGUUUUGGGGGGGGGGUUACUGUGAAGCAGCCUAAAAUUUGUUCACAGUCACUCCAAGCUAUUUUGUUGCCCCAGGUGACUGCAGAAUCAAAGAGAUACACAACAGUAUCUUAAAUUCUAGUGCAAGAGAGCUUGGGGUAAACCAAUUGUGCUUAUCCUGAGACUGUAUUCAUCUCACCCAAGGAUGUGGAACUGGUAGCCUUCUAGACUACCACACCGUUUAUAAUACCUGAGCAUUGACCAUGCUGCCUUGGGCUGAUGAGAGCUGACAACAUCAAGAGGGACACAAGUUUCCCAUCCCUGAUCUAGCUCAAUAUUACCUUCUCUGACUUGACAGCCAGUCUCCAAGGUCUCUUUUCCCCAGCAUAUGCUUCCUGAGGUUAUCUAACUGGGCAUUAAACCUGGGCCAUUCUGCAUGCAAAGCAUGCACUCUCUACAAUGGUGCUAAGGAAUUCUAUCCACAGGGCAACAUGUCUUGACUCACCCAUCCGAUUUUUUGGCAGGCUGAACAAUAUUGUCUUCCUGAGUGACUGCUUGGGUCACUCCAGGGCUUAGUGCUCACCUGAGGGUGAAAAACAGCUGGAGAUGGCUUUUGUUUUGGACUCUUGCAAGUUAGGAGGUUAGAUAUCAAAGCAGGUGGGGAAGUAUUGUCAGCCAAUGUUGCAAGCCUGGAUCCAGCAUCAGGUCAUGUUUGGGCCUCUGGCUACACAGGGGAUGCGUGGAACCAGAGAGGUCUUCCUGCUUCCUGUUGAUGUUGGACAAUUGGUGGCUUGGGGCUUCCAAACUCUGUCCUGUCUUGCUUACAAUGAGUUCUUAGUCUCUGGCUCCCUGCUGUCACUGAAUGAACUUUAGCCCUUUGCUCUUGCUCGAUGUGACUGAAUCAGGACUGACCACAUGGUCCAUGUUGAGAGCCAAGUAGAUCGUCCCACCAAGUAGGACAGUCAUCAAAGUUAAAAAUGCUGCUCCAAGUCAGGAAACUAUGUGAGGUGACAAUUUAAAAGCUAGCAUGUGCUUCAUUUUUGCAUCAUGUGGUUCUGUUGUUGGUCUUAGUUAAAGAUCUGGACAAUGUCUAGUGAUCUGAAGGCCUUUUGAUAGCCUUUCUCAGGUUUGGGAAUUCUCCUUUAAAUCAGCAACCUGGUGCCCUCCAGAUGUUGAAUGUCAGUUCCCAUUGGACACACUGGCGGAAGCUGAUGGAAGUUGCAGUCCUAAACAUCUGGGGGGCAAAGUCUUCUUUAGAUGCAUUUUGAAACUCACAGCCGCACAUUCAAGUGUUACGGCUUUCAUAUAAACAAUGACAAUGGUCCAGUUGACCCCAUGUGUGUUGAUGCAUUUUUCUACGCUCAGCCACAAGUAAUCCUGGCUUUACUAAGAGGUAAAAUACUGACGCCUCCUGGACACGAGAUCAACUUCUUUGUUCCAAUCAAAAUUUGCACACAAAGCCCAUGCUGUGUCUACAAGUAGAGAGUAUGAAGCAGGGAGGUAUGAGGAGGUCAGGGAAACAAGGAUAUGAAUGUAAGCUAUGGAAAGAUUGACCCAUUUUUCUUUUUUCUCUUUUUAAGUGUCUUUUAUUCUUUUAUUCUGUAUUUUGUAUUUUUUUUGUAUUUUUACUUUUUGUUUUUCUGUAAUUCUUUUUUUCUCUGAAAUUUUAAUAAAUAUCAUUUUUAAAAAAGAGAGAGAGAGUAUGAAUCCCAGAUUCCUGACCUCCUCCUUGGAAGACCUCUGUGGUUCCUUCCUUGGGGCUGGGUGGCAGAGCAGAAUCAAAGCUUUCUAUGCUGUCAAUGCCAUGUUACAAGAAAUGAAAACCAGACAGGCCGAGUCGUGCAGCAAUUUGAUGGGAGCAACAGCAGCGGGCCUGAGUUCCAGAUGGCUGGCGGAUGGCAGAAAUAUGCUUGAGGUUUCAAGAAUCCUUGAGGUUUGGGGCUUUUAAGAAAGCAUCAGCUAAAGUCCAGGGAUUAGUCAGAGGCAGCACUAAAGCAACGGAUGCUGAAUGAUCAGGGUUUGGGGACAUGUUCUUUCUGCCCGAACUGGCAGAGGAAAAUGAUCUCUUACAGGAUUGGGUGAAUGUUGCUGUCUUGGAAUACUGACCUUCAGGAGAUGUUGUUAGACUCCAGCUCCCAUCAGUCACAGCCAGUGUUCAGGGAUGAUGGGACUUAAAGUCCUGCAACAUCUGGAGGGCCCCAGGUUCACCCUCCUUAUUCUCUUGAGUUCUCUGGACCAGCUGCAGGUGAGGAAAUGACCUUUUCCUAUUUUCUUUUCAAGGGACAGUGA